AUGGGCCCCCUUAGCAUUAACGCUGAUAAUGGCACCACAAAUGCCACAUUAGUAUUGAAUGAAAACUCAUGGACAAAGAUGGCUAGUAUCAUUUUUGUGGAUAUUCCUGCUGGCACUGGAUUUUCCUAUGCUAAAACAAAAGAGGCAUGGGUUAGCAGCGAUAGCAUUGUAGCUGACCUUGCUCAUGAUUUUGUGAAAAAGUUUCUCAGUGGCCACCCAAAGUUUUUGAAGAAUCCACUUUACAUAGGAGGGAUAUCUUACAUGGGUCUUGUCACCCCCAUCAUCACCAUGAAAGUAUAUGAAGGCAAUGAACGCGGGGAGCAACCGACACUAAAUAUUCAAGGGUACAUUCUUGGCAGUCCUCUCACUGAUAAAUUCAUGGACUUCAAUUCUAGGCUUGAAUACUCUCAUCGUAUGGCGCUAAUAUCAAAUGAUAUUUAUGAGUCAGCAAUUAGACAUUGUCGUGGUAAUUAUGUAAACAUUGAUACAGCGAACCCACUAUGUGCGCAUAGUCUUCAAAGAUAUAAACAAUGCAUAGAUAAAAUCAGUACCAACAACAUAUUGGAACCGUUUUGCGAGGAAUCAAGUGACUUGCCAUAUUGUCAGGAGGACGCUUUUGAGGCCAUACAAAUUUGGGCUAACACCGACACUGCACAACAUGCUCUUAACAUUUCUCAGGUGCGUGAUUAA